AUGUUGUCUGGAAGUUGCAGUGGUUUUCAAGCGCUAUCAGAGGGUUGUAUAGCCAACGCGCUGUCGUUGACGAGCCCGAAGGAAGCCUGCCGGCUGUCGUCGGUAGCCUCCAUAUUCCGUUCAGCUGCCGAUUCAGAUGUUGUUUGGGAGCGGUUUUUACCGACUGAUUAUCGUGACAUCAUUUCCCGAUCAAUUGACUGUGCUGAUUCAUUUAUUUCUAAAUUUCACUCCAAGAAAGAGCUAUAUUUCUACCUCUGUGGUAACCAUAUCCUUAUCGACGGUGGCACCAAGAGUGUUUCAUUGGACAAAGAGACCGGAAAGAAGUGCUUUAUGCUUGCCGCGAGGGAUCUCUUUAUUGUGUGGGGUGAUACACCUGAAUAUUGGGAAUGGAUCUCUCUUCCUGUGUCCAGAUUCCGUGAGGUGGCUGAGCUCAAAAGGGUUUGUUGGUUUGAAGUUCGUGGCAAGAUAAAUGCUAGCAUGCUAUCUUCAGGAACAAAAUAUUCAGCUUACCUCGUUUUCGAAAGGAACUCAAGAUUUCAAGGAUUUGGUUAUGGACCUGCUGAAUCUUUGGUGGGAUUUAGUGGGCAUGAUGGUCAAAAACGAAAUGUUUGUUUAGAUCCAAGAGGAGCAAGGUUCUGGAAUUUACCUUUUAAUCAUCGCAAUCCUCCUGGAUAUGGACGGUGGCAUGACAAUGUGCCCGUAGAUCCCAAUACCGAGUACCCCAAGUCGAGGGCAGAUGGAUGGAUGGAAGUUGAGUUGGGGGUGUUUUUUGUUGAGGGAAAAGAGGAUUCGGAUGUGGAAAUAAGUUUGAUGGAGGUGAAGGGUGGAAACUGGAAGAAGGGUCUCAUGAUUCAAGGGAUUGAGAUCAGACCAAAAUCUGGGUGA